UUACCCUAUGGUUUUAUACUUCCCACGUCCGAAACUCUCUUUUCGGAUCGAGAUUUUGGCAAUAACUAUUUUUUUUUUCGUUUUCCGACCGAUUCCGUCUGUACUGGUUUUUAUUCUCUUCUCUGAAUUACUCGUAUCAUUUGCAGCUUCGGCGAAUCAUCUCCUCUCUUUGAAUCGAUCUUUCAAGCUUCGUUGGGGACCUUGUGAGAGCUCAUAUUAAAUUUUGCUCAAAACCAUAGAUGCCAGCAGCAAAACUAAGGCUCUGUAGCACUCCCCAUGCAAUGAUGUCUGAGAAGAAGGCAGGGAAAUUGGAGGAAGGAAAUGAUUCCCUUGACAAUUUUUUCAGACACGCAAUAGGAAAAGAACCUUUUCUUCCUUUUUCAAGGGCUGGUGACAGCCCAGUUCAGUGGAUUCAAUUACUUAACGCUUUAGACCAGAAAGACCUCCCAGGAUGGCCCUUGUUGUCUCCUUCUAAGGCGCAGAUGCAUAAGUGUGAGAGGUGUUCCAAGGAAUUCUGUUCAACCAUUAACUACCGAAGGCAUAUACGCGUGCAUCGCCGUUCUUUGAACAUUGAUGUGGACUCUCCCAAAAAUAGAGAUGUCUUGGGUGCAUUCUGGGAUAAGCUCUUGUUAGAUGAUGCCACAGACAUUGUAUCAUUCAAGAAUGUGAUGCUGGAGGAUGUUCCUGGAUCUUCUAUUAUAAGAGCACUGACAUCACUUGUCCGGAAACCUGGGUUUUCUUUGCUGCCACAAGUUUAUAUAAAGGCUGGAGCAGCACUUCUGGAUGUUGUCCAAUGUAGACCGUCCAGGUUUCCUAUUUCUUCCCAAGAACUGUUCAGUAUCCUUGAUGAUGCAAGUGAAAAAACCUUCUUGUGUGCUGGCACAGCCAUAUCAAUGCAGAAAUUUGUAUUUGAUGGUGAAGCUGCAAAGAUUGGUCUUGAGAUGAAGAAUCUAGUUGCUUGCACUAGCUUCCUGGUGGAGCAGAAACUGGUUACAGCAUGGCUCGCUGAUAAGGAUGCAGAAGCCUUGAGGUGUCAUAAGUUGCUUGUAGAGGAAGAGGAAGCUGCCCGGAGAAGGCAAGCUGAGCUCUUGGAAAGGAGACGGCUGAAGAAGCUUAGGCAGAAGGAGCAGAAAUCAAGAGAGCAAACUGAGGGGGACAAGGAAGAUUCUAGGGAUGGUUCUCCUGAUGCCUUGUAUGACGUAGUUUCUCCCACGGAGAAGAAGACCAUCCCCGAGGCUGCCCCUAACCUACAUUCUCAGGAAGGACAGUUAGGUCCUGUUUCAUCAUUCCUUGAGCCAGUUGGACAUCUAAGAUAUGAUGUGGAAGCAGACACUGGAUGUCAGACUUGGUUUAGUGGUCCUGACGUUGAGAUCACUUCUCAUAACAGGAGCUCAGAUAAUUAUCAAACUGCUGACCCACAAAUGCAGCAGAGAGGUGGCUGGUGGCAACCAAUAGUUGCUCAAAGGCAGUUUUCGAAACCACAGAGAGGCAUGCCAAUUGGUUUACAUUCAGCCCAGAAUGCAUUGAAAUUGGGAGCUGUGCAGAAGCAUGGAACUUACAGGGAACAGAGAACUGCUUCUAUGGCCAAUGGCCAAAAAGUAUGGACCCGGAAAACCAAGCCCGAAGUGGGAGAGGAUUUGAGGUCCAGAAUACGAAGAGAAUUGGUAGACCAAUCAGAUAAUAAUGAUAACUGUGAGUUGUUGAUAGGUUCCAUCUCUGUUACACUCGGGGAUUGUAGUACCAUGUGUCAGGUUGAUACCACAGUUGCUGCUCUUGAUCAGUGCAUGACAGAAUAUGUACCACCAAGGCGGAACCACAUCGUUGAGAAGCCCAUUAAGCCUGACUCAGGCCAAGGGGGUACAAACCAGCAGAUGGCCAAGCUUUGGAGGCUAGUGGGAAGGCAUGAACUUGGUGAUUCCAUGCAUUUUCAGGGUGAUAAGAGAGAAGAUGAAGUGAGUGUGACUUCUGGCCUUUUCACAAACCAAAAUCCCUCCAAUGAGAGUUAUCUGGCCCAUUGUUCCAUGGAUGAUGAUAGCUCUGGGAGUAUAAGAGAUUCUCCCAUGUUGCUGGAAGGCAAUGCAAGUUCAAGAAGGCCGAAGUUGUUCUCCCGUCGUGCUGCAGAAGCUUUUCUUGUUCAGAGAUGGCAGGAGGUUAUUGCUGCAGAUCACGUGAAACUUGUAUUAUGUUCAGAAAAUGAACCUCCUGACUUCAUGGAUAGCCAUGAAAAUGUGUUAACACCAUCGCAGUUCUCAUCAGACGGUUGCAAACGCAACAUCCUGGGGAAUGCCGAGAACUGGCUGGUGGGAGUGGGUCCUUUUGAGCCCAUCACUACAGGAGCUGCUAAAACCAAGUGCAAAGGGAAGCAAGAAAAUGGUUAUAGACUGAAGUAUAUACCAAAAAAGAGAAAUUGUACUUGAGUCAGUAUUUUUUACUAGUGUGCAUUUUCCCAUCACACCCUAAAUUCUUAGCAGAGUUCCAAUUUUAGCAGAAGUCUUCUGUCUUAAGAAGAGAGGGAAACCAAAAAAGAAAAGUUCAGGAGGAUAAUCUUUUGGAUACCAUUUAAAUUUUCUUUUAUCCUUCUAUUUUUGGGUCUGGUAAGUGGUAGCUGAUUUUUGUCUUCUCUCCCUUCUUUUUCGUGAUGAAAUUUUUUCUGAUGUAAUGAUUUUUUACUUCUCAGUGUUAUUGAUGAUCUUGCGUUUAUGCU